CAAUGCCACACGGAGCGAAGUGCUGCAGCGCAGUCGUUACCGAAAAGGAAGUGAUUGUCAGUCACGUAGAGCUGGUAAAAGACAGAAGCUGCUGUUUCGCCUUGAAUCACGGCUAUAUAAGUCACAAUGAUUCUUCACUGAAGUAAACAGUUUGCCUGAAGUUUUGAACGUACAGUUUGAGGAGCCAAGAACAAGAAAGAUGGGAGUUCCGUCUGUUGCUGCAGUCUAUUUCAUCCUGUUUGCUUUCGUCGGUCAUUUGAGAGCUUCAGUGAUUCCAAAGGAGGAAAUAGCGGAGAAUUUGAAUUUGGAGCAGUAUUACCUUCGCAUAACCGAGAGUGGAACAACGUUUGCAGAGAAAAUAGAAAUAGACGAGGAGAAAGACAUGGAAUACUUUCAUGUUCCAGCUCACAAUGAUGUGACAGAAGCCGCUGACUAUUUGUACGACUUUAAAAAUGAUAUGUCUGUUCGUCGGGUGAAAAGUAAAGCCAUUUGCUAUCUUGGACCACUUCCAGACGACUUGCCAAAACCAGCCCAUUUGAAAGCUGAAUUGCAAGGGCUUUCCCAAGUUCCCCCCAGUGAGAACAAAGUCAUAGUUCAAAAGUAUUGGGUCGUAUCAGAGCAGGUCGACAAAAUCUUUCUCCGACGAGAAGUGCAAGAAUUCUGUGGCCAAUUCCCAAUCUAUCGCUUGCAAGAAGUUGACUUUAAUUCUACUCGCGAGGCAGAGAUCGACGGAGGACACCCCCGUUUAGCCAGAGCUCUUACAUUAGCCAAUCUGACAGGACUGGGUUUCUGCAACAAAGGAUUGCCACCCACGCUGGAAUGUAGCCCCGAUGAUUAUAUCUUCCGGAUUCAGAUUGGUAGCCCGUCCUGUACUUAUUGGCUGGUCUGCGUUUUUGACAAGGGAGCGCGCGUCGAGAGGUGCGAGGACUGGUCGCACAGGCGGAGCACCAUGCUUUGUUACAGUGUUAGCUGUCCUCCUAAAUGAAAGGACUGAGCUGCAUCGGUUUAAGAAUGACGAGGUAUCAUGGAUGAGGAAAAUACGCUGUUACAAACAGAAGGUCUAACGAUAAGUUUAAAUGUAUUUGUUAAUUUGAUUGCACUGAUUAAUAAAUUUUUAGAUUGUCAAUUGACUUAUAAUUAACCAAAUAAAUUGAAAGACGCAAAGUUUAUAACUUGUGCCAGAUUUUUUUUUCAAUUAAAGCUUAUGGUUCUCUCCCCACUCCAUUCCACUAGCUUUUGAGAGUUUUUCUUUCUGCUUUAGACCAAAGUCGUGGGAUUUAUACACCCUUUUCCGGACUAACCAGCCAAAAUACUUGAAAGCAUUAAACAAACUUGGAA